UUUUAGUGAACUGAUUCUAGUGAUUCAGUACAUCUAAAAGAACUGCCAUGCCCAUCACUAACUCCAACAGAUUCGCAGCAGCGGUUUUUGUCCCUCUUGAGCUUCCGUAGCAGAUUUGUUGGGUUUUGGUGUGUAUCCGGAAGAAGCCUUCAAGUUAGCUCGGAGGCUAAUUUUAAUACAACUUGUUACGCAUGUACUAUCGCAGGUGAUCGGGGAGCUUUAUAUUAAUCACUGAUAACACAGUUGAUUAAAUCCCACUCUAACGCAUGUUUUAAGCCGACGUGGACUAUUUUUUUGCAGUUUAUUUCUAAGAUAUGAUGUUGUUGUUAGCUAACAAGCAGUAGCUAAGUAACAAGGUGCAACAUGAGAGCCAUGAUAAAGAGGUCAGAUUUUAACUUUACCUGUAUUCUUUACCUAUAUCUGAGAUAUACUGCAGUCUGUUUGACUGAUAGUGUUGUAAAUUAUGAGAUUGUGGGUGAAAAGUCAGUUUUCUCUCCAUCUCAUGUAGGCAGUGUGUUCGUCAUGGACCCAGAGGAUCAUGUCUCUGAUCCUGUUUGCCUUCGUAGUUCGGGUCAGGGAUGGACUCCCCCUGUCAGCCUCGACGGACUUUGAACACAAUCGAGAGCUCCAGGAGAGGAAGCAGCAGCUCAGGACCAUCAGCAAAGCACUGGCCCGGGUCCCCGACAGAGGGAGCAUCAAGGGCCAGGAACUCAACAUACAGUAAGGACUCAAAGACAAACAUACAUGUGUGCCACUGCAGGAACAGGUACAUGAUCCACAGAGGCUUACCGUUGUUCAUGAAGGACAGACUGAAUGUUGUCCAUUUGAUUGCAGGGGCCGUGUGGAUAUCACACUGUGUCAGGCUGUUUGUUUACUAAACACCUUUUUCUCCUCUCACCUGUUCAGCUUCAUCUCUUCAGAGGGUGUAUCCUACAUGACCGUGUGCCACUGCAGCCUCCCUGUUGCUAAGGCCUUCUGCUUCCUGGAAGACCUGCGAUGGGAGUUCACAGCAUGCUUUGAUAGCAAUGUGGUUGCCUUGGCAGCCAGGCCGUAUCCAUUUUUGGAAUUUGGUGAGUAGGAAGGCGGAUAAUGUCAUGUCUAUGUACUGAUGAUUAAUGAAGACGGAAAGGACAAGCUUAUAAUAGCAUUGAAACUUAUGAAAUAUCAAGCAUAACACCCACAGUUAUGACUAAAAUAACAUUGGUUUGUUGUAAUGUUACCCUGAAUGAUGAUCCACAGAUGGCACCAUUCAGAAACUCAAGCAACAGUAUAACCAGAGUGGGGGUCCGGCACUGGAGGUGACAUUGGCUGAGGUCCAAGAGGAUCUGAGGAUCAAACCACCACAAGUCAUUAAUUUUGAGGAUGUGGAUCUCACCAAUGGCACUGCUAAUGGUCAUGUUGAACCAGGUCCUGGAUCCGGUAAGUUUGUUGACUUGACUUGGACAUUAUAUAGGAUGUUGAAAUACAGUUUUACUUCACUACUCAUUGUCACUUGAAUUCAAAUCCAAAUUCAACUUCAUUUUUAUGGCACUUUUCAGAUAAAAAAUGUAGUUCAAAGUGCCUCACAGAGGCGAAAAACAACAAUUAAACAACAAAAUAAACCGGCCCACACUCCACACAACCCACACACCCAUCCAUGGACCCACACACAGCCACGCACCCACCCUCACUCACCCACACAUGCACACACAAAGUGAGAAUUUUAAGAUAUAUUGUUAAAGAGACAUGGCCUGACACCGAGACAUUACUACCUUUGAGAAACACUGGAGAUAAAGAUAAAAAUGGUAAAAAGAAAGACUCAAACCUGAUGGACUAAAACAGAAAAUAAUAUUAAAUGAACAGACAAGUAAGAGCUCUUUACCAUGUAAAAGGGGUAAAAGAAGUAAAAACCUCUAUGACGAAAUGAAGAAAAAGACUCAGAGCAGAGAUAAUUAAUAAAAUGACUUAAAAGAAACAUUAAGAACUUCAAUUAAAAUGAACAUUUGCAAUAAGAGAAAUAUGAAAAGGCAAUCAAUGAAAAGCCUGGUUUAAAAAAAAAGUGAGUCUUAAGCCUCUUCUUAAUAAAUCUUCGUUACUCUGUGAUGAGAAAUGUCUGCCAAGAUUUCUCCAUGUUUGAAGUUUUGAAACUAGUUUUGUGUUCCCCGUCUUUUAUCUAGGAGGUCAGAAUGUAAGACUGGAGCCAGUGACUGCACCAGGAAUCCUGUCUCUGGUCCUAAAUAUCAUGUGUGCGUCUUUGAACAUAAUUCGGGGGGUUCACCUCAUCGAGUACACAUUCCAGGUACAAUCAAUGCCAGAACCCUUGAGUUAAUAUGUGUAAAGUGGUCGGUAAUGUUGACACUUUCAGAGUUUAAUUUCAAAGUUUCAGCAUGUUCAGGCUUGUGUGAAUUUAAUAUGAAAUAAGCGGUCUUCAAAACAGGUUUAGACCUUUAUCUAUUUUAACAUAAUUUCUUUAUUUACACAGGAUGAUUAUGAUGGUAUAUGGAAUGUUGUGUCAUUUCUUCUGGCAUUUGUCUGCUGCAUAUUUCAGGUAAACAAACUUCACAUUUGUAGCACACAACCUUUCCCUGAAAACUAAUUUGCUCAUAUGAAACUCUUCCUGAUCUCUCUGGUCUACAGUGCAACCUCUACCUGUUCCACUCAUCUCGAAAGAAGCUGAAGUCCUUCACUCUGUUGACUAUCAUCAUUCUAUGCAACCUCUACCUGUUUGGCUUGAGGAACGUUUGGCAGCUGAUCUUCCACAUUUCAGUGGCCUCCCUCUCCACCCUCCUCAUCCUCACCCGCAAACUCCAAGACAGGUCCGGUGACUGUGGGGUCUGAGGGGGGAGAGGAAACUUCACACUGCAUCUCUAACAGGGAGGUGCAUCUUCAGUUUUCAGUGCAGGUGAGAACCACAUAGGGGGAAAUACAUUUGAUCCUAAAAAAAAAAUGACAGGGAGGUGGAUUCUACUCAACAAACAUGAACUCUGUGUCAUCAUGGAAAUUUAUAACUACAGGUGAAUACUUUCUGGUAGACACUAUGUUCUUGCACAUUGUGUAUAUUGUUUCCGGGACUUGAAAAAGUGCGAAAUUGCAGUAUAGUAUGGAUCUUUUUAUUUGUUUGUUCACAUAUAAACAAACAGGCAAGUUUGAAGGAGAUGUCUGUGUUGAAAACAAGAUAUCAAAUCUCAGUCAGUGCCAUCCUAUCCCAAAAAACUUUUUUGAAAUGAAGGAAUUUUUUGUCAGAACUCCUGACCAAAGGGUUUCAUGUAGAAACUAUGAGUUUUUUUAUACAGCCAUAACUGUUGUAGCUCUUCAUGCUUGGGAUUUUGUAACUAUAGUGCAUUUCUGCUCAGAAUCGGCUCAGUAUUAUCUCUGCAGCUACUGACUAUGGAUUAUAUUUGCAGUUAAUAUGUAAAGUAACAGUUUGUAAACAUCAACACAGCGUUCAGUUUAAUCGAGCUUUUAGAGGAAAUGUGUGUUUGGAGAUAAGUGGUGGCGGUGUGAUACUUUAAAGUGUUUUGAAUUAAAAUCACUGACACUCGAGCAGUCAUUAAUACAGCUGUUUAUAUCGGAGCUCUCAAGGCCAUUUUAAAAACCAUUGAAAAAGUGUAAAUGUCAAGCUGUAGAUUGUUUCAUGCCUUACUCUGUUUUUCUAAUCGUAAUGACUUGCACAACGAUACACCAGAGAGUUCUCAGUUUGUCUUUUCAGUGCUUCAGACCUAAGAGUUCAGUUAUUUCAGUCACACUGAGGGGGAUAAUUUACCUGUAAGGCAUGGUGUUCAGGAGUACAGGUGCACCUCAACAAAGUCAACAAUCAUGAAAACAUUGCAUAGCUUUCACCAGCUUCGUAAGUGAUUGAAGGAGCUCCAACCAAGUUUUAAUUAUAUACAUGACCGCCAUUUUACAAGUUGGACAUUUUUAUUAACUGAUCGUAUGAAAUAUUGUAAUAAUGUUGAGAUACAGGAUCACUUACUUUCAUGAUCUUUUUCAUGAAGAUUGAAAUAAAAUGGCGUGAAAUAUUUCACAACAUCCAAUACAAACAAAAAAUAAUGGAAGCCAACUUUUAAAAAUAAGAGAAAAAAAUGUUCACGGUUUGAUUUGUUGAAAUGCAUCUGUAUUAUUUUGCUAUUUACGACAUAGAAACCCAAAAGUAAACCAUUAAACUUCUUUUUUUUUUUUUACAAUCAUAAUCAAAUGAAGAUGUCCCACUUUGAACAUUUUUAUGCUCUCCUUUUUGAAUGUUAACUGUGGGAAGACAUGGAAGCACUGAUUCAUGGGCACUAUUGGGUUUAAAUUAUUUUCUUUUUGCGUGUUAUGAAAAUUGUUCUUGAAUGUGUUCAGCUGAAGUAUUCCUAAUGGUUUCCCAGUUGAUGUUUACCUGGUUCUUUUUUCUCUAUUGCAGGGGUUUAAAUAAUGCCCUCUAUUUAAAAUCAUGUGGUUGUAAUUUGUGUUUGAAUAGAAAACACAAUACUGUAGGACUGCUGGUUAGGAAAGCUAGCCUUAACUCUCCUUUUAGCUAAUUUUGUUGAAUUUAGCUGUAGCUUAAAGUAGCUAAACAGUUGCACUGAUGCCCGUUAAGCUAAGAAAAUACGUUUUUACUCUGAGGUGUUAGUCUAAAUACUCUUAUGUUAUAAAAAGGAAUUGAUAAAUAGCUACUAGAAAGGAAUUUUGACACAAACAGGUUGCCUCUUAUAUGAAAAAGUCUCUUGCUGCAGUAAUUCGAUUAUUUCAGCUGUACUUCUCACAGAGAGAUGAAUCUCUGAUAUUUUCUCUUAACAGAAAUAUUUUAGCUGCAUAAACAAAAGUGAGCCUCUUAUCAUGUUGUGAAUUUCAUCUUAAAAAGGUUGUGGCGUGCAGAUAUUUUAGCAGAAAGUCAGCCUUGUUAAGCCGUGUUAAACUGAGACAAAGGUUGUUAAAAUGAGUUUUUUUUUCUGCAGGAUUGACAGGAAUUUGAAGACACUUUGCUAACAAAUGAAACUAUUUUCUACGUCAGACAUUGGUGAUACUUUUAUUUUUGAUACUGAGGACAGACUCACUAUUUCCACAGUACAUGCCAAACUGUUGGCCAAGUAGAUUGUACAGCGGCAUCAGUGUUUUCAGAAAUAAUGCGAUGCACACUUUUAGAUAUUUAAAAAGAAAGUGAAGGACUAUUAUGAUUAAAUUGAGAGACGUACAAGUAAAACAUGUGGUCAACCUUAAAUAAGCUGUCACAAAACAGACUUCUUUAUUUGUGUCCUUUCAGAGUGGCAUAAAAUCGGGUUGUGCGUUUAGCUGUUUGUAACAAUGGGAGGUAAUGUAACAGACAUUUGUUGUAACUGCCAAAUACACUGGAGAUUGCAGGGCUUUACUUUGUUUGAUUUCUCUUGGUGGUGAAACUGACAUUUCAUUAAUAAAUAGUGACUUUUUCCAUUUCUUUUUGUUG